AUGGCACUGAAGUUGGACGAAUUACGUACGCCAUGCAUAGAUUUCGGAAAGGGCAUUGAACUGUCGUUCGAUCUGGAGGAAUAUACGGACGAACCGGCUAAGAAAAAGGCGGCGGAGGAGUUACGCGAAACACCGGAGGUUGUUUUGGCGUCCGUCAAACAGCUUCGCGAACUGAUUCGUGCCGAGAAAGAGUUACUGGUGCCAGUGGAUGAGGAUGCCUUUCUGCAGCGAUUUUUGCGCCCUAAAAAGUAUUAUGCGGACAGUGCAUUUGAGAUGAUGAAGGCAUAUUACAAGUUGAAACAGAAGGAGGAUUCUAUCCUGAGCGGCUUAUCGACUGAACUGCUCGCUGACGUAUUUGCGGAUCGCCUCGUACAGAUAUUCCCGAAACGGGAUCAGCAUGGUCGUAGGAUUUUGUACAUGGAAAUGGGAGGCAAAUGGAACUGUUCCAAGAUAUCGUCGCUGAAACUGAUCCGCGCUACCAACAUGCUGAUGGAGGCGAUCGGUCGUGAGCCACGAACGCAGCUGCACGGCGUUGUGUUCAUCGUCAACUUUGACAAUCUUUCGUUCUCGCAUAUCGGACAAUUUGGGCCCAAAUUUGUCAAAACAAUCGUCGACUUUGGACAACGGAACUCACCGUAUCGUGUCAAAGGCAUUCACAUCAUCAACAAUGCACGGAUGUUCAACAUUCUGUUCAAGGUGUUCAAACCGUUCUUGGGCAAGAAGUGGAGCCAGCGAAUAUUCCUGCACGCAACCGACAAACAGUCGCUGCACCAACACAUCGAUCCAGCAUCGCUGCCCUCGUUCUUGGGUGGGACGUAUGAGCUGCCAGAGUACGAUGGAUCCGUCGUUGGUCAGUUGUUGGAUUGCUACAAAGAGAAAUCGGAAGAAUCGAACAAAUAUGGUUAUGCCGUGGAGGAGAAAUGAAUGCAUCGAUCGCAGUCCAAUCGCAGGUGUGGGGCACCUUCUUUCUACCAGCAUAAGGAUAUUUUAAUGUUGAUGAAACAAAUUGCUAGUGAAUCGUGUCUAACAUUUUUUUAACAUAAUUACUUCAUACUGUAGUGAUGCUUUCCAUUCGACCUUUACAUUUUGUGUUAAUUGGUAUAAUAAAUAAUUCUUACGAUUACGUUUCUAUUAUGA